AUGUUCAAAUCGAGGAAGGAAAAUACAUCAAGACAUUCCGAUGAAUAUUUUCAAAAUGAUGAUGAAAGACACGUUUUUGAAAUUUAUGUACCCAUGUUAGAUGAAAAUAUGUUUGGUGGACUGCCAACACUGUUUGAUAAGGAGACUUAUCCACUUACUUAUUUGGGGUUACCUAAAACAGCUAAGAAUAGCAAUAUGAAUGAGGAUGGAUUUGUAAUGAAUAAUAAUAAUAAUAAUAAUAUGGAUGUCGCUCAGCAGCAAUCUGGAGAGGGCAGUGUGAAAUUCAUUUUCAAUCAUUCUGCUUUUGAAAAUUCAUGUACUUUGGGAAUCCCCAAUAAUGUCAAUUUGAAAACCAUUCUCACAUCUGAGGAAGAACAAGUGGAAUUAUUGAGACAAAUUGUCUUUGAAAAUAUUAAACAACAUGAAUGGAGAUAUUGCAUAACGAAUAUUAAUGCUGGUAUCAGUCACUCAUUUCCAUGUCCUGGAAAGGUCGGUUCUGCUCUUACAUUUGCUCCAUUUACUUGUGGGUUGAGUAUCCUGCCUAUUUUCUUAUUGAGCAAUUAUUACAUUUCUGAAGCAAUGAGAAGAAUCAACAUGUACCUUGGCAAGGUCAAUAAGAGCCUCUUGGAUAGAGCUAAGGAAAAGAAUCUGGACUUUUAUUUACAUUUCCAAGUGGUAAGACAAGAGAAAUCAGGGAUCAGCUGGGUGCAGGUCAAUGCAUUGGCAACAAGAGGAAGUGAGGCUGAGAGUCGUCUUUCCUUCUCAAAUGAGCACGUUAUUGCACAAAGACAAUUAAUUGAUGAGGAUGAAGAGGAUAUGCAAUCAAUAGAAUUAAAGUAA